AUGGGGAGGGGUGGCUUGGUGGUGGAGGAACCUUAUGUCGAUGACGGAGCUGGUAUUCGCGGGUCUGAUGGGGUACUGGGGGCCACAUCUGGCAGAGAAAAGAUGCACGGCAGCCUUGACGUGCGUUUCAGGGUCGGAGAAUUGCACUUUGAACAAUGCCGCCGUGGGCCUAAGAGCCGCACCGGGAUGCGCAGCACGACCCUCCAGGGUACUAGCAGCGUGCACGCACUUUGGGAAUCAUACACAAUAGCGAGGACAGCAUAUUCACUUGAAAGUCGAUUAAGAAUUGUCACGGGCCAAUUUGAUCUGGACCCUCGAUGCGUGCUUCUCGCCAUCAAGUAUUCGGGGACACACACCAACGCAUCUUCAGAGAACGAACAACAAAGUGAAAGCCCUCUCUUCCCGCCGCUUUGCUCCCUACCCGACGGACGAAGCCACAGCAAAAACCGCCCCCCCCAUGCAGCAUUGACAAACGCCGCCGAUCCUGAGGAUGCGUUGUCGUCGAACCUUCGUGCAGGACGGCUGCUGAUUGGUCCAGCCCCGGGCUCACGGGAUCAACCGAGCCGGACGCUGAUUGGCCGGACUAAGGGCACGGGAUUCGUGGACAAUUGGCAGUGA